GGGAUGGCCACGGCACAAAGACUUCUCAUCACUAUGUCCUGCAACGCCAGCGCUCACCGGACGCUGCCUGCCUUCCUUCUCCUGGGUCUGCUAGCCGGGAUUGCUGCCACACACCCAGUUGUAAGCAGAACUAAUGGCACAUUGCUGGAGAGAGGAUGGCAAUCUCUGCUGUCCAGGUCCAUGGCUGGGAUGUCAGGGGAGAAGGCAGAUGUGAACUGGGAGAGUGACUAUUUGCUAGGAAUCAAGAGGCAGCGGAGGCUUUACUGCAACGUGGGCAUCGGGUUUCACCUUCAAAUCCUCCCAGACGGAAGGAUAAGCGGAGUUCACAAUGAAAACCAAUACAGUCUCUUUGAAAUAUCCACUGUAGAAAGAGGUAUUGUAAGUCUGCUUGGUGUGAAAAGUGCUCUCUUCAUUGCAAUGAACAGCAAAGGCAGGUUGUAUGGGACCGCUGUUUUCCAAGAUGAGUGCAAGUUCAAGGAAACCUUGCUACCCAAUAACUACAAUGCAUAUGAAUCCAAGGUUCACCGUGGUGCUUAUAUAGCCCUGAGCAAACACGGUAGGGUGAAGAGAGGGAACAAGGUUUCUCCUGCCAUGACAGUGACCCACUUCUUACCAAGAAUAUGAGCACCAGCAAAACAGAAGAUUAAACCCCAGGACAAACUGUUUCAUUUUGCACACGGGGAAUAACCUCCCAGGUAAAGUAUUUAUAUUGUUCAUUGCAAAAAAAAAAAAAAAAAAA